CUUUUUACUACAUUUUAUAUUAAAUGAGUUUUUCAUAUUUAGUAACUUUUAUUGAUUUAAAUUUAAAAAUUAAACUUUUAUAGUUAUACAUUUCUUUUUUAUAUGGAAAAUGUUAUUCCAACAACGCUUUUUUAACACAGUUUUGACAACGGCACGUGGCGUGUGUGCAUUGGCUCAGUAAUUUGAAAAGAAACCAGAGAAAGGGUUACAGUCAUAGGGGUAUUUUGGGUUUUCCAGAUUAAAUUUUAAAGAUUUGGGUUUGGCGGUUUAGGGUGCGAAAGACGUUCGUUCAAGCCUUCCUUCUUCUCGUUCGUUCAAGCCUUCUCUCUCGUCCGUCUUCUCUCUCGCUGUGUCGUCCGUCUUCUCGUACGUUCAAGCCUUCGUUCUCUUUCCGUCUUCGAAGCUUCCAUCCUCGGUUUCGUUCUCUCCUCCUUCUUCAAAACGUGCGUUGAAACCUUGGAGGAUCUCUGUGGCUGUGUGUUCCAUCUUUACCCUACCCACAGCGUUGAACCCUUCCAUCCUUUGUGUGGGUCUGUCGUGGGUCUGUCGUCCACAGAGAAACCCUUACAUUUUGGUGUAAGUAAAAAUGGGCUAGCCCUGACAUUGUGUUUUACACUGUGUUUUUGGUUUUCAUUAAGUUGAAUGAUAUAACUGAGUGUUGAAUGUUAUCUUGUUAGGGCCGUUGCAAUGGAAGGGAAAAAAAGCAAGUUGGCGACUUCUUAUCUCGAUGGAUUCAUCGAUCAUUAUUGAAAUGAAUCGUUUACUCCGACAGUGUCAUGUGGAUCAGAUUAGGAUGACACCAUUUAUGUGGUGUUUGAAUAUUAAUAACCCUGUGGAGGUGAAUUUAAAAUUAUUGAAGGUUAUGGUUUGCAGGUGGGUUGGAAAUGAUAACAGUUUUAGAGUUAGUCAAAAGUUGGUGCCCUUUAGAGUUGUUGAUGUGUUGAUGAGCUUAGGUUUAGAAAUAGGUGGUUUAGAGAUUCCCUUUGAUGAAGUAGUUGGUGGAUUGGUUGGUCAAAUGUUCAAAUCAAAAACCAUCAGUUUGAAGGACUUGACGGACAUGUUUAAUGUCAUUGUUGAUGAUAAAAACAUUGAUGUUGAUGUAGUGUGUCGGUUAUAUAUAUUAGUUUGUUUGGUUGUUUUCUAUUUCCCUAGGAAAUCAAGGCAUGUUUGUAACAUGCCUUUUGGAGUGUUAGAUGACUUAGACCGUUUGUGUCUAUAUGAUUGGUGCACCGGUGUACAUAAACAUAUUGUAGAGAAUUUAAAUAAAUGUAAGAAGAAAAUUAUGGGAGCAGGUAUCCCCCAGUCAGUCACUCUCAGUGGCAAUGUGGCAGUGUUGCAGGCUUGGGCGGUUGAGAGACUUUCUUUGCAUGGUCAUCCUUCGCACCGGUUUUUCCCGCGCAUAAUGAGGUGGUUCCCGUUUAAAUCAAGGACCGAAAAAAUUGAACAUAUUUUUAUGACCGGAGAUUUAAAAAUGGAGUGGUAUGUACGAAAUGAAGAUCGUCAUAGGCCGGAAAUCCGUGCAGCUUUCAACAUGGAUGACGGAGGAAUGAGUGAAGGAUCCUUGGGUGAAGGAUCCAAGGUUGACAAAGAUGAUGAUGAUGACGAAAGCUCUGAUGACGGGGCAUGAGAAGCAGGUGCGGAGGAGAGAUUGAGGAAAAACAAUGAAGAUAUAAGAGCAUUGAAUGCCAAGAUUGGAGUUCUGACUAGGGAGUUAUUUGAAAUUUAUCAAACUCC